CCGAUGGAGGUAUUCCUUCACUAGCUCCUUUAACAUACUCUUAAGUUUAUUCAGUUUAUUCAAAGUAUUUUGUAACCACUUUUGUAGUUUCUGCUCUGGUAUGGUUUACUUAUUUCAUGCAACGAACUAUGCUCUCUUCCCUGCAUGCUUAUAUGGACAAUAAAAAUCAGUUGCAUUAACUAACAAGCAUCAUGAAUUCCUCUGAGUUAUAUGCACAAAAUCAUGAUCUCAAAAUUCGUGAGAAAAAAAAUGAGCGAAAUAAAAAAAACAGAGAAAAAUUUGCUGGUCUUUCUGUCGAACAAAAGGAAGCUCAUCGAAGAAAAAAUAGAGAAGCGUAUCACAGAAGAAAGAUGAGCAAACUGUUGUCCAAGACGCUUGAUCCACAAUCUGUACAACCUACCAAACAGUGCAACAUCAAACCAUUUGUCAAACCAUCCAAUACCAAUAAUGAUAAUAAUGGAGUGCUGAUGCCACAGCUAAUUCAGCAGCAUCUUCAUGACACAGUUGGAAUAUAUAAUAAAAGUACGCUUCCUCGAACAUCUGAUAGAAAUGCCACUGGAACUCUUACUUCUAACCUUCAAUUACCUGGCUCCAAGAAUCAGACUAACACUGAUGAUCGAUUCUGUGUAUCCUACCCUGGAUCAAAGCUCAAAAGUAGUCUCUUCUGCUUUUCUACUUAUGAAGAAGGUAAUUCUUCAGCCACCAACCAUAAGCAUAUAUGCUCAGAUAGUGCCCCACCGCAUGACAAAGCUGAAUCUUUCAUGUGUAUGAACUGCUUCAAAUUUCUUCCCCAAAACAUAGAAGAUGCUUCAGAAUUGUUAGCAUUUGCAACAGAAUAUCAAAUGAGCCAACAAUGCUUAAAAUCUAUUGCUAAAACACAUAAAGGCAACAAACGUUCAAGGUCAGGAAAAACUCAGAAAUCUCACACCAGAGGUGAAAAAGUUCCAGAUGGAAUUGAAGCACUGAAAUGCAUCAGCAGUGAACCAGACAUACUGGCUCCCAAACCAGAUUGCAGCUAUUGCGAAGCAAAAAAACUUUAUUCUGAAACACCAAAUUUCUGCUGUUCUGCUGGUCAGAUAGUUCUCCAAGAGAACAAACUUCAAGAUAUUCUGAUAGAACUAUAUACUGGUCAUUCUGCUGAAGCUCUUUCUUUCAGAACAUAUGUCAGAACAUAUAAUAAUAUGUUUGCCUUCACUUCUUUCGGAGUACAUUAUGACAGAUCCCUAUGCAGAAGAACUAAUGGUAUCUACACAUUCAAAGUCCAGGGACAAACCUAUCACUUCAUCAAGGAUCUUAUUCCACAUGAGUGCAGGACUGUUUAUUUGCAGCUAUAUUUUCAUGAUACAGAGCAUGAGUUAGAAAACAGACUGGCUACAUCAGAGAACCUAACAGAAAGUGCAGUGAAAAAAAUUAUGCAUGUCAUGGAAUCGAAUCCAUAUGCCUCUUUUCUCCGAAGCUUAAAAAAUGUUCCGAAUCUCGACUCAUAUCAAAUCGUCUUAAAGUCUCAUUCAGAAAAUGACCAGAGGGUUUGGAAUCAACCAACUGCAUCUCAAAUUGCAGCCUUGUGGGUAGAGGGCCAAGAAUCUGGAGAAGGAUACAAAAGGCAUAUCCAAAUCUAUACUAAAGAAGGCAAGGAUCAUCUGGUGCACUACUAUUAUGGAUGCUAUGAUCCAUUGCAGUAUCCGCUGCUGUUUCCAUUUGGAGAGACAGGAUGGCAUCCUGGUAUAAAAAGAACAGCACCACAUAAUCCAAACAAAAGGAAAAGAUACAACAGAACAGCCAACUGCACUCUUGCUUCUACUGAUUGCAAAUCUGCAGAAGAACUAAUAGCAGCUGAACACCAAGCUUCUCACAAUCCUGAAAACAAUAAAGAGUUUGUAUCUAUGCGUGAGUAUUACGCAUACAAGUUGCAGAUGCGAGAAAAAUACACUCCAGGCAUACUCAAUACCGGCCGACUACUUCAACAAUAUGUCAUCGAUAUGUACAUCAAGAUAGAAUCUCAGAGACUUGAUUAUUACAGAAGCCGCCAACAGUUAAUAAGAAGAGAGGAACCUCAAGGCAUAAUGGACAGUGUCAUCUCAGGACAUUGCCAAGGAUCCAAAAUAGGUCAGCGAGUUAUUCUUCCAGCAUCAUUCAUAGGUGGUCCUCGUGACAUGAGAAGAAGAUAUGUUGAUGCUAUGGCUCUUGUGCAAAAAUUCGGCAAACCAGAUUUAUUUAUCACUAUGACGUGCAAUCCUUCAUGGCCUGAGGUGAAAAAACACAUGCUACCUACUGAUGAAGGUCAUAACAGACCAGACUUACUCGCUCGAGUUUUCCAUGCUAAGCUUGAUCUUUUGAAGGACCAACUCUUCAAGAAACAAAUAUUUGGAGCAGUAGCAGCUUAUACCUAUGUUGUUGAGUUUCAAAAACGUGGUCUACCGCAUACUCAUUUCCUCAUAAUCUUAGAGGCAGCUUCAAAACUUUAUUCCACGGAAUCUUAUGAUAAAAUCGUGAGUGCAGAAAUUCCAGAUAUAACAGCAAAUCAACAUUUAUUCAGAAUGGUUCGAAAGCACAUGAUCCACGGUCCUUGCGAAGCACAAAAUCCAGAUAAUGUUUGUAUGCAAGGAAAUCAGAAGAAAAGAUGCAUAAAUAAUUACCCAAAAUCAUUUGCUCAGACAACCUUUCAUGGAAAGAAUGCGUAUCCUACUUAUCGAAGGAGAAAUGAUGGACAGAAAAUAACUGUUCGUGGCCAUCAGCUUGAUAACAGAUGGAUAGUUCCACACAACAGAUACUUAUUGGCAAAAUUUGAUUGCCACAUAAAUGUCGAAAUCUGUUCCACUGUGAAAGCUGUCAAAUAUAUAUACAAAUAUAUAUACAAGGGUCAUGAUAGGAUUCAUUUCAGAGUAAACUCAGAUGCUCUUGCUCAAGACAAUAAUAGCUCCCAACCUCUUCCAAUCGAUGAAAUAAAGGACUUCCAAUCAGCUCGAUGGGUGUGUGCAGUUGAAGCAAUUUGGAGAGUGUACAGAUUUAACCUCAGUGAGAUCCACCCUUCUGUAAUUCAUCUCCAGCUCCAUCUACAAAACUGUCAGUCCAUGAGUUUCACACCUGAUCAAGACCUACGAGAUGUAAUCAGAAACAAGUAUACAAAAAGAACUAUGUUAACUGAAUUCUUUUACAUGAAUUCUGUGGAUGAGUUAGCUCAGCAUCUUAAGUGCACAUACAAAGAAUUCCCAGAGCACUUCGUUUGGUACCCCGGAAGAAAAAAAUGGGAACCUAGAAAGCAAAAGGACUGUAUUGGCAGAAUUGUCACAGCAGGUAUAAAAGAAGGAGAACGUUAUUUUCUUCGACUACUCCUAACACAUGUGAAAGGCCCCAAAUCAUUUGAAGACCUCAAGACAGUGAAUGGAACAUACGUAAACACAUUCCGUGAAGCAGCAAUUCUCAGAGGAUACUUUGAAUCAGAUACAUCGCAAGAAGAAUGCCUUGAAGAAGCCAGUUCAUAUCAAAUGCCAUACAUAUUGAGAAGGCUGUUUGCAACUUUGCUGGUACACUUUCCUCCAUUAAAUGCUAGAAAGCUAUGGGAGAAAUUUGAACAUUGUCUAUCAGAAGAUUUCAUAAAAAUACCAGAUAUAUCAACUGAUGAAACACGAUACAAGGUUCUAGAACAGAUAAACAAUUUUCUUGAAUCUAUGGGAAGAGAUAUUAACUCAUAUGCUCUGGUUCCAUAUCCUUUGAAUUUUAAUGAUCUGAACAAGAGCACGAGGGACACAAUAGCAGAGACAAGGAUCACUGUGCUAGAGUCUGAUCUGCAAAAAAUUGAUCUGUUAAACAAUGAUCAGAAAACUGCCUUUGAUAUAAUCACUCAUGCAGUCUUCCAAAAGAAACAUGGAUGCUUUUUUGUUGAUGGUCCAGGUGGAACCGGAAAAACUUUCCUUUAUCGAGCAUUAUUAGCUGAGGCAAGAUCCAAAGGAUUCAUUGCACUGGCUACAGCAUCAUGCGGAGUAGCAGCUUCAAUAUUGCCCGGUGGGAGAACAGCUCACUCAAGAUUUAACAUACCAUUAGAUACAACAAAAAAUAAGAAUUGCAGAAUCAGCAAGCAAAGUUCGUCAGCAGAACUUCUGCAAAAAGCCAGCCUUAUAAUUUGGGAUGAAGCUCCGAUGAUAAAUAAAGGUUCAAUAGAAGCUGUUGAUAGAUUACUCCAGGAUCUAAUGGACUCAAACGCCUUAUUUGGAUCUAAAGUGAUCGUUUUCGGAGGAGAUUUUCGACAGGUAUUACCAGUUGUUCCUAAAGGAACAAAAUCAGAAUUCAUUGAUGCCAGCAUAGUCAACUCAUAUAUAUGGCCACACCUUCAUAAGCUUCAACUUACAGAAAACAUGAGAGCAAGGGAUGAUCCAGAAUUCAUUGAAUAUUUGCUUCGUGUUGGAAAUGGAACAGAGCCUACUGUCAACAACGACUGCAUACAAAUACCUCCAUCAAUGCUGAUAAGAUAUACAAAUGAUGAAGAUUCAAUCAAACAGCUGACUACCACAGUAUUCCCAGAUUUGUCAAUAUUCUCUCAUCAUGAUUUCUCAGCUGUAAAUUGUGCUAUACUCACAACAAAAAAUGAGUUUGUUGAUCAGAUUAAUCAGCAGCUGAUACAUGAUAUGUCUGGUUGCAUUCAAGAAUACAUUAGCCGAGACAAAUGUAUUGAAGAUUCUGACCAAACAAUCAUGGAGGACUUCAUAAAUGCCCUAACACCAAAUGGAUUUCCACCUCACAAAUUGAUUCUCAAGCCAAACACUCCAAUUAUGCUCCUCAGAAACAUAGAUCCGCCCCAAGGACUAUGCAAUGGAACAAGGCUCAUCUGCAAAUCCUUAAAGUCCAAUGUCAUAUAUGCUACAAUAAGUUGUGGAGAAUUCACUGGCAAGGAAGUCUUCCUUCACAGAAUCUGCUUCAGAAUAGAAAAUGAUCCAGAGUCGCCAGUAUCUUUUGAAAGAAUACAAUUUCCCAUUCGACCAUGCUUCGCUAUGACUAUCAAUAAAGCUCAAGGGCAGACUCUAGAUUUCGUGGGAAUAUAUUUACGUGAACCAGUUUUUUCACACGGCCAGUUAUAUGUAGCAAUGUCAAGAGCUAAGAACAAGAGUUCAAUAAAAAUUCUGAUCAAACCAGCUAUAUUUAGCACUGGAGAAGACUCAAUAACACAUAAUGUAGUAUAUAGAGAAGUAUUAGAUUUGGCAAAUGAAUAACUUUCUUAUCCAUUCAUGCGCAUAUGGUUCUAUAGCAUACAUUAAGAAUUCUGUUCUCAU